ACCUGUCUAGUUUUCAAUUCUUUUUCGAGCCCCUCUCUCACUUUUUUUUUUCUUUCGAGGAACACAAGAAACAAAGUUAUUGAUCUUCUUGUUUCUCAAGAUUUCUUCUGUCUUUGUUUGACCUUUUUUGUUCCGACAAAGACGGUAAAAAAUGGACAGACGACGUCGGAGACAGGGCAAGGCCAAAGCGUCGUGUUCCGAAGCAGAAGUGAGUAGCAUAGAAUGGGAAGCUGUGAAGAUGACGGAGGAAGAAGAAGAUCUCAUUUAUCGGAUGUAUAAACUCGUCGGAGACAGGUGGGAAUUGAUAGCCGGGAGGAUUCCGGGACGAACACCGGAGGAGAUAGAAAGAUAUUGGCUUAUGAAACAUGGUGUUGUUUUUGCCAACAGACGAAGAGAUUUUGUUAGGAGAUGAUUUUCUUUUGUUAUAAAAGUAUUCUUUUUUCCUCUCUUUAGAAAAAAGGGAAAAAGUAGUUGUCCUUUGAAUUACUAUUUUGGAAUAUGUAUAAUUAUCUAUAAUAUAUAUUGCUUAGGAGCUUCAAUUUCUAAAUAUCGAUUCUAUAAACUAUGCUACGUGCGAAAGAGAAUGUAGUACGUAUAUAUGAUAAUAAUCACGUUACCCGUAA